AUGAUUCGUUCCAGACACUCACAAGACUUCUGGUUUACGACGAAGAACACCGAAGAUGGGUUUGCUGAAAUUCACCCAGUAGAUGACCCCAGAUAUCGACCUUCUAGGGGGAGAGAUCUGGCGGUUGUCAUCCCCUCAGCUACGCCCUCUCCUCUAUCUGAAGUCAAUGAAGAGCUUCUGGAGAACUACGAACCAAGGCCCAAUUCCCAACCGCCCAGUGAGACUGCUGGCCUCAACGAUGUGACGAUGACAGAUUUUCCCGAUAACUCGUCACUCAAAGCCCCAACACUAGGCUUUGGUCGCCCUAGGCCCUUUUUGGGAUCCUUCUCGUCAAACGUAUUGACUGGAAAGUUCGAGGCUGACGAUCCUCCGAGAAAUAAUGAGACUCGACCAUCUGUUGGGAACCCAAAUAUUCAAGGCAUGCUCAACUAUUUUCGCAUGACUUCUUGUACCAAAACGUCCAACCCCACGGUUGAGAUCGAAGACAUUAUGGAAGAAGAGACUCGGUCAUCUGAUAGCCCGAAAACCGCCAAAGAUCUGCUAGCUGCUUUUCAAGCAAAGCCAUCUGUUAAUAAGUUCAAGCCCGCGACUGAAAUCGACGACGACAUGAAAGACCCUGAUACAUCUGUUUCCCAGUCAGCGAGCACUCAAGAGAAGGAUUACAGCCCGGGCGCCUCGCGUGUCAGCUAUGUUAUGUCGGAGGAAACUGGGCUCUUUGAGAUUCAAGAAACACAAGGUGAACCUCUGUCACCAUCAGAUUUGAAUCAUUCAUCGCGGGAGAUAACAAAAAGCAACCUUGUUACGAAACAACUUCGAGGCCCUAAAUGCAAACUCGGAGAUGAACUUCAAGACAUUUUGUUGGAGUGGCACCAACAGAAUCCAUCUGACCCUCCUCCCUGUCAAUGGAAGGGUCGAUGGGACGGGACAAAGAAAUGGGACAAUUUUCGAGUCUUUAAUCGAGAUAAAGAGGAAUAUGAAGUGUCCAUUUACAAGAUAAGACUAAAGCAUGCGAAAUCCGGCACCUAUCUUGUGAGCGUCUUGCAAUCGGAGUACGGACCGGACGUGCUUUCCGGAAUAUCAACUGAACAUCGCCCCAAUUUAAAGUCUACCGGCUAUCAAGGCGACUUUAUUACUGCUUGGCUUGGUCCGAAAGACGGCUGGGAAAAAGAACCUUCCGCCAUACAUGUUUGGGCACCCGAGAAAACCAAGGUUGAGUAUCAAGCCAAAUGGUUUGAUCUAGAACAGGGUAGCAAGGUAGCCUUGUACAAAGCUCAGAAGUAUGCGACUAAAUCUCCGAAAUCUCCGGUCACCCCGAAGACACCUUCCCCAGCCAUGGUGAAAUCGAUUAGCUCGGAAUCUGACGAACUGUCUACGCCCUGUAAGAAGAAGGUCAAGCGCAGAAUUGAUUCUGAUUCUGAUUCCGAAGAUGUGGUUGGACCUACUACCAGAGUUUGUCGACGUUUAUUCUCACCCUCGUCGAUUCGAUUCAAACUAACUUCCAGCAACUCACUCACUGUACGUAUGUUUCCGUUUGAUGAAAAAACCGACGUUGGUGCGCUUUUCAACAAAACUUGUCAAUUCUACCGAGAUGUAUGUUGGACAAGCGAAAGGGCACUUUUGUGCCAAGUCCCAGGCGAGGAGGAGCUGCGUUACGUUGGGUUAGAGGACGAGGACGAGUUCGCUCUACUAUGUGAUGAUAUCAAGAGACUUUCGAUUCGUGCAGAAUCUCCGCAGGUAAUUGAAGUGAAGCCUGCUUUUCCGGUAGGUAGUCGGAGCUGUUCUCUGUCAGGUUGCCCGCAAGGAGGGCACACGUUGAUAGAUUGUUGA